AUGGACGCGGACGGCGCGGGGCGCGGGGACGGCGCGGGGCGCGGGGCCGCGGGCGGCGAGGACGGGGCGGACCUCACGGCCGCCGCGCUGCGCGCCCAGCCCCGGCCGCUGCCCCUCUCGGCGCAGCCCGCGGUCAGCCUCGCCCCGCCGCCGCGCGCGCCGCCCCCCGAGCUCAGCUACUUCGCGCGCGCGCGCCGGACAGGAAUCAUUUCUCUCUACGACUGCGUUUUCCACAAGAAUCCAGGGUAUAACCCGAAAUUGCACCGUGAUGACAGAGAACACGCCAAAAGCCUGGGGCUUCACGUGAACAAGGAGGAGCAGGAGCGGCCCGUGGGGGUGCUGUCGUCCUCCGUCUACGGGAAGCGCAUCCACCAGCCCCUGGAGCCCCCGUCCCGGGACCACCGGCGCACCAACCACCUGUCGGCCGACUUCUACAGGAAGAACGACAUUCACUGCAUCCAGGAGCCGGGCUUCGGCUACAUCUCCCCGGCCUGACGCCCUCCUGGCUGUCUCCCCACCCCGGGGACACUGGGCGCCGUCCGAUGCCUCUUGGGCUCGGCCCGCACCUUAGCGCCUCCUCGCCCGCCCGUGAGCCUGGCCAGGCUGCGCUAGUAGGCAGGAAAGGUGACUCCGGUGGCCGAUUUCUGGCGCAAUCGCUUUGGGUAAAGUGAUGCUAGAGAUGGAGCCACAGGGAGCACCUGAAUAAAGUCAGAUUUUGUUCC